UCUAGCAGACAGCAAGAUUACUAGCACAAGCACAAGUAAGCAAUCCAGCAGAGAAAAUAGUACCGUGUGUUGCGGGUUUUAAAUAUACUUAUAUCAAUUACAUUAGGUGAACUGGAUGAAAAUAUAGUUAAAUAUGUGAUUGGCUAUCAAUAUAAAAAUGACAAUUAAUAUCGCACCAGCGUCAUUUAGCUCGUCAUCUCGUGGAUUACUCUCAAAUUGAGUAAUAAGGCAUUGUUCGAAGACAUUGUUUAAAUUAUUACAAGCUUUGGCCAUUUCAGAAGAUCCACAGGCUACAACCUACUUCCGGUUGAAACCAAAAGUUGAGAAUAUCAAGAGGACUGUGCGUAAAGAUCUGACAUAUGCCUGUCGCGAAGAAAAAUUCUGCACAUCAACAAGCGACAGAGAAAUCGCUGUCAAUACUGGCGAUACUAGAAGUGCUUUGCCAUGGAGAUGAAGAGAGAGCCGGUACAGGAGGAAGGUCAACGCACCAAGGAACGAGAUCAGAGCGAGGUUGAGAGCACGAGCAAUCUGCACGCGGACAUAUCGAUCGAGCGCAUCCUCGAGGCUGAAAAACGGGUCGAUUGCAAGCUGAAGGAAAUGAAUUUCACAGCACUCGCAGUAAAUAUACGCGCGGUAAAUAUUCACCCCGUAUCAUGGUGUGAAUGUGAUCAGAUCGUUUGGAAAGAUCAGGAAAAAAUGAACAAAUGUGAAGAAUGUUAUAAAAAGAACUGUUUGACGCACAUUUGCCACACAACGGUCGAACAACUAUUGCAGAUAUUUUCUUGGGCGAGGCACAUCCCGCAUUUUAUCUCGUUGCCUCUAGAAGAUCAAGUGUGUCUUCUUAAAAAUGGCUGGAAUGAGUUGCUGAUAGCCGCCUUCUCCCAUCGUUCCAUGGAUGUGAAGGAUAAGGAUAGUAUUGUUCUCACAGUAAGUAUGACGGUGCAUCGAACUUCGGCACAGCAGGCGGGCGCAGUAGGGAUAUUCGAUCGUAUACUCUCGGAACUGGUAGCGAAGAUGCGGGAGAUGAAAAUGGAUAGGACCGAACUCGAAUGUCUUAGAUCCAUCAUUCUCUUCAAUCCCGAAGUGCAAGGCCUCAAAUCCGUCGAGAAGGUCAACCUGCUGCGAGAGAAGAUCUAUGCCGCCCUGGAGGAAUAUACCCGCGUAUCCUGGCCGGGUGACUCCGGCAGGUUUGCUAAACUGCUGUUGCGCCUGCCAUCUAUUCGUUCAAUUAGUCUCAAGUGCCUGGACUACGUAUUCUUCUUCAAGUUAAUCGGCGAGGAUCAUAAUAUCCAUGAUAUUAUACUGCAGAUGUUCCCAGAUAGGAAAAUGUAUGCAUUUUGAGAUCAUAUUGGGCGCGUUCAGCAGAACAAAUCGCUUGGUAGCAAUCGAACAUGAUUGGCUCUUACUUUUAGAACCAACAAAUCAACGUUAAGUGUUGACUAAACGACAAUUCAGCAGUUGUUCUGCUGAACGCAGCCAUUGU